AUGAUGAUGAACAACAGAUCAUCAACUACUUCAAUACAGCAACUGAUGCUGCUACUCGUUGUGGUAGUAGCCACUAUCAUGGUAGUUGUGGUGCCAACGAUGGCACAGAUACCAAACUACCCCACGAUUACAGUCGAUAAACAGGUCUUUACUCAAUCGACAGUCAUCGUCUCAGUCCUGCUCAACCAUCUUACAAACGAUCUCACUCUUCAGCUAACGAGUGAGCCUGUCCCACCCCAGUCAUCAGUCGUCGCCUCUGGUGCCUUUAGCGAUGACAUUGCAACCACUGGAUGGUCAAGACUAAACAUUACAACUCAUCCAACUGUGUCGGAUAUUGACCAGGCAUUCAUUGGUGGAUUCAUUGAGGGAGUGGUGUCAGCACAGAGAAUCAGCCAGAUGUGGACAAACUACGCGAGCAACGAGUUUACCAACUCGACACCAUCAAGCACACUCAUCUCUUACAUGUCCAGUCAGUUGCAGUGGGUGCGUCAGAGUAUUGCCGCACCACACACCGCAUCGCCCACUCAGGGCAGCAUUAACGGCACAGUCUACUGGUACUCAGUCGGCCUCGUCAUGGCUCAGUUCGACGGUCUCGUGGCCGGCUAUGCAGCCGUGCCCGCAUUGCCCGUGCUCAACGAGAUGGACCUCUAUCUGUUGACGUCGGCUGGCGACCUCGAGACUCUGAAUGAGCUCUACGGCACUGCGCCAACGGGCCGCGCUCGCAAGCACAUGAUGACUGGCGACCGUGACGACGCUGACGCCAUCGACUUCCUCGAUUGCUCGGCGCUGAUCCGUGUGCUGCCCAACAACCAGGACAUCUACUUUGGCCACACAACCUGGCGUUACUUCUACGCCAUGAUGCGUGUUUACAAGACCUACACGUUUGCCUUCAAGAACUACGGCCUGGCCUCGUCCGUGUCGUUCUCCAGCUCGCCGGGCUUCCUCUCGAGCAAGGACGACUUUUAUAUCACAGGCAACGGACUGGCCGUCGCCGAGACGACCAACAGCAUCUUCAACGACACACUCUACACGUACGUCAUCCCCGAGACGCUUCUCGUGUGGCAGCGUGCCAUCGUCUCCAACAUGAUCAGUCAGUCUCCACAAGUAUGGGUACAACUCUUCCAGCAAUUCAACAGUGGCACCUACAACAACCAAUGGAUGGUACUAGACUACAAGAUGUUCACGCCAGGUACCGCACUGCCAGCCGGUUCAUUCUUCAUUCUCGAGCAGAUCCCAGGUUUCUGCGAAGUUGCUGACAUGACAGCCAACCUCAACAAGAAUGGCUUCUGGCCAUCGUACAAUAUACCAUACUCUGAGUAUGUGUAUAACAUCAGUGGUUAUAAUGAGAUGUUUGAGAAGUAUGGCAACUCUUAUAGUUAUGAGAACUGUCCUCGUGCACAGAUCUUCAAUCGCAAUGCCACCUCCAUCACAGACUUUGCCGAGAUGCAGUCCAUCAUGCAGUUCAACAACUACCAGAAGGAUCCACUCUCGCUUGGCUCGCCCAUGAACUCCAUUUCAUCGCGUGCCGAUCUUCUCUCAUCAUCACCAGUUGGAUUCGGUGGAGUUGAUUCCAAGAUCACAUCAUUCAAACUGGCACAGACAUUGUCUUGCUCUGCCAUCUCUGGACCAACACACCAGGGCCAGCCACCAUUCAGAUUCUCGGCCAAUCCAUCAUUCAACAACGCCAGCCAUGUUGGUCUACCUGAUGUCUGGGACUUUGGUUGGGUUGACUUU